AUGACUCGCCUCGCUCGAGACUUCUUUGCCUUAACUACUGAAGAGAAGCUCCGGUUCCACAUGUCCGGUGGUGAGGGUGGCUUCAGUAUCUCUAGUCACCUCCAGGGAGAGGCUAUGAAGGACUGGAGGGAUGUAGUGCUGUAUCCCACGUAUCCUGGAUGGUCGAAAGUGACGGAGUAUAGCGAGAGGCUGAUGGGUUUGGCUUAUAAAGUCCUUGAGGUUUUGUCUGAAGCUAUGGGACUUGAGAAAGAUGCACUGAAAAAUGCAUGCGUUGAUAUGGAGCAGAAAAUCUUUGUUACUUAUUUCCCAAAACGCCCUAAACCUGACCUAGCACUCGGAAUGCGUCACACUGACAACGGAAUACUCCAAGACCAAGUCAGUUGUUUACAAGUUACAAGGGACAACGGCAAGACAUGGGUUAGAGUUCCGUUUGUUCCAGGAGCGCUUGUCAUCAAUCUCGGUGACAUUGGUCACUAUCUGAGCAACGGGAGGUUCAUGACUACCGACCAUCACAAACUUUUCAUAAACACAUUCCUCUUUCCGGCUCCUCAUGCCACCGUGUAUCCACCAAUCAGUUACGAAGCGAUAACUAUGAGAAAGCUGAAAGAUCUCUAG